CUGGCCGGCGGAUCUCUAAGGCCCAUGCUGCCCCCUCGGUGAACAGGGCUUGGGGCUGUCUGACGGCUCCGUGUUUUCAGCAUGCAGUUGGAAGGCGAACAGAAGCUGCGCAUGGAGCAAGCGCUGGCGUGGCUGAGGAGGGAACUGAUGGAAAUGCAACUCCAGGACCAGCAGCUACUGGAGAAGCUGCUGCAACUGCACACCACCUUACGGGAGCUGAAAGUGGAGUGCGCGGACUGGGAAAGCACCGAUCCGAGCAGGGACGGGUUUGGAUGCAGAGGCCGCUCCAGUUCCGAAGACAUGGGUGCCCCGGUUGCACCAAGAAGAUCCCUCAAACUAGGGACGAGCAGGAGAAAUUCCCUACCGUGAGAGAUUCUGGGAGUCGGUGCGUUUAAACAGCUUGCCUCUUUCUUCAAGGAAACACAACAGGACUGUGUGUAUUU